UAUAUAACAAAAACUGUAUAUGAAAAAUUAUUAUAUAAGUUAAAAUAGUAAAAUAUAAGAUAAAAUACGAAAAUGUUUCGCAGUCGUAGUUGGUUUGGUGGAGGGUGGAAUCGCCCUAGAAAUCGUCUUUCAUUGGAUCAUCUAAAAUACUUAUAUGGAAUAUUAGAAAAAAAUACUACCGUAUCAGAAAGUAAUCGUAGCUUGUUGGUGGAAUCGCUGCGUUGCAUAGCUGAAAUAUUGAUAUGGGGUGAUCAACAUGAUUCUUCAGUAUUUGACUUUUUCUUGGAAAAAAAUAUGUUAUUAUAUUUUUUGAAUAUAAUGCGACAGAAAAGUGGUGGUUCGAGUUUCGUUUGCGUGCAACUUUUACAAACGUUGAAUAUAUUAUUUGAAAACAUUAGAAAUGAGACGUCGUUAUAUUAUUUGUUGAGCAAUAAUCAUGUAAAUUCUAUAAUUGUGCAUAAGUUCGAUUUUUCCGAUGAGGAUGUUAUGGGCUAUUAUAUUUUAUUUCUGAAAACAUUGAGCUUGAAAUUAAAUACACACACAAUACAUUUCUUCUAUAAUGAGCAUACAAACGAUUUCCCGCUGUAUACAGAAGCAAUAAAAUUUUUCAAUCAUCCAGAGUCAAUGGUGCGUAUUGCAGUGCGUACGAUAUCUCUAAAUGUUUAUAAAGUACAAAAUGCCAGUAUGCUGCGAUUUAUAAGAGAUAAAACUGCAGCGCCAUAUUUCAGCAAUUUGGUGUGGUUCAUCGGCAAACAUAUAUUAGAGCUGGAUACCUGCGUACGCACAGAUAUUGAUCAUCAAUCAAAUCAAAAACUCUCAAAUUUGUGUGCAGAGCAUUUGGAUCAUUUACAUUACCUUAAUGAUAUUUUAUUAUUAGAAAUCGAUGAUUUAAAUGCCGUAUUAACUGAACAUUUACUACAUAAGCUGUUUGUGCCACUGUAUAUAUUUUCAUUGACACCAGCGCCAGUACCACCGUCUCUGGCAGUUGUAACACAAAAUUUAGCAGCUGUGCUGAAUCGCAAUGUUGAAAUCGACAUACAAGAAAUAAACAAUCCACGUGUCUCCUCAAUCGUAGCAUUGUAUUUAUUAUCUUUAGUGUUUUUGGUUGUGACACAUGCGCCUUUAGUGCAUGCCUUGGCUUGGGUAAUACUAAACGGUGAUCACAGUGUGUUUACGGAAGGGGCAGCUGAAAUACUCAACGCCUAUGUCGAGCAUCGUGAGGCUGUGGUGCCAAGUUUUGCUGAGCCACGUGAAAGUCUGGAAGAGGCUUUAGACACUGUUGUUGGUACAAACACAACAGCAUAUGCAUUGGCGGAAGAGUCAUUGGAAGAGACUGCUAGUUCUUCGACUUCUUCAGCAUCUCCUAUUGCAACAGCUACAAGUACGCCACCGCGCAGAAAUAUAGCAAUAGCUAAUGUAAACGGUAAUAGUGAUGCGACAGAUGUUAAUGCCACAACAGCAUCAACAACGGAAGAAACUGCAUCUGGUUCUAACACUGUUAUACAGAAAAAUAAGUUUGCUAAUAUAACAGAUGAAGAGAAAGAAAAACUACAGCAAUUGAAUACUAUACAAACUGUACCUGAAAUUAAACGUCCAUUUUUAGAUAUGGUAUUAUCCGCUUUAGACUGUGCAGAAAAUGAUUACUUGGCACUAUUAGCAUUGUGCCUUAUCUAUGCUAUGGCCUAUAAUCGAGGCAUAAAGAACGAUUGGUUUGAACAAGUGCUUUCGAAAUCGAGUAGAGGUUCAUUCAGCUAUAAAACUGAGUUAAUCGAACGUCUAUUAAAUAUCAUUACUCUAUCAAGUCAGCCCUCUUGCCGCAUACGUCUUAUAACCAUAGAAAUUGCGCUAGAAUUGCUGGUCACGUUCACCAAACCAGAAACUGAUGAAGCUUGCAUUACAGAAGCUCAACAGGAAUUACUUUUUUCAGCGCGUAAUGAAUCAAUGGCGGUACUUAGAAAUUUCUAUAAAUCCGAGGAUAUAUUUUUGGAUUUAUUUGAAGAUGAAUACAACGAAAUGCGUAAAUCAACUUUAAAUGUGGAAUUUCUGUGUAUGGACUCAACAAUAUUAUUACCGCCAACUGGUACACCGCUGACAGGCAUCAGUUUUACAAGGCGACUACCAUGUGGUGAAGUGGAAAAGGCCAGACGUGGCAUACGUGUCUUUUUACUACUACGGAAAACGUGCCAAAAAUUUCUUAAUGAAAAAGAAACUCUACUGCCACUUACGAACCUUAACAGUUUAGUGCAAGUGGAAAAUGUGCUCGAUUUGAAUAAUAGCGACUUAAUUGCUUGCACUGUUAUUUCAAAGGAUAAUGUGAAACUACGUCGUUUUUUGGUUAUAGAUUCCUUGCAACUAAUUUUAGUGGAACCGGAUGCCAAACUUUUAGGUUGGGGUGUAGCAAAAUUUGUAGGUUUUCUGCAAGAUGUUGAAGUAAUGGGCGAUAAAGAUGACUCGCGUUGUUUAUACAUAACUGUGCGUCGCGGUGGUGCCACACAUAAUCGAACGCCGUUGUUAUCAGCAAAAUUUUUAUUUGAUGAUCAUAUACGCUGCAUGGCUGCUAAACAACGUUUGACAAAAGGUCGAAGCAAAGCACGUCAAAAGAAAAUGUAUCAGAUAGCGCAACUUAUUGAAAUGCCAGGACAAAUAAUUGAUUCACCGGUAUAUGCUGUGGCGGGUCUACGCACAAACAGCAGCGGUAACAAUAGUUCACGUAAUGCACGUGAACAUCGGCCCAUAUUCUCGACUGCCAAUCGUGUGCCUGGUUUCGCUGCUGCCUUAAGACGUGAUACUAAUUUGGCGGGCGUUAGUCGUAUACAAAUCGCUCAGAAUCGAUCAAUCGAAGG